AUGAAAACUAGAAGAACCUAAAACAAAAAAUAAAAGAAAUACACUAUAUUAACAGAAGAGGCUAAAUAAGAGAUUACAGAAUACUAUAAUAAGCAUCCUUCUUAAAAUUCACUCAUAUAUUUAAAAGAUAAAUAUAAUACUUCAAUUAAAAAUAUACAACGAUGGAUUAGAUCAGGUUUUAAGAGAAAAAAAGGAUGCGGAAGAAAAAAACUUAAUGAAAAAGCAGAAGAAUUAUUAGAAGUUUGGGUUAAAAAAUAAUGUAUCAAAUAAAAGAAAAGAGUUUCUAGACAAUAAAUUAAAGCAUAAGCAAUCAAAUUCUUUAAAGACACUAAUUUUAAAGCUUCCAAAGCUUGGUAAGAUGAGUUUGUUAGAAAUAAGAAUAUAAAACUUAAAUAACUACUACUUUUACAUGAAAGAGGAUGUUUAAAUUAUACUUAAAUAAGAACAUUUUAAUAAUUACUUUUGAGAAGUGGAAAAGAUGCUUAAACUUAUAGAAAUGAGAUUCUCUAAAAUUUUGAUAUCUAAAGUCAACAAGAUAGCCAAUAAUGUACCAAUUCUAUCAAUAAGUAAUAUUGGAAUUAUGAAAUCUUUCAAUAAGAUUCAUUGAUGCACUUUUAAGAAUUGUUUCUCUGA